UCGGAGAGAGUAAUUUAGAUUUGCAGAGCUUUUUUUUUUCAUGGUUUUAUGAGAGUUCUUACUAUCUGAUUGAAUUUAGGGUUUUUGAUUUGGGCGUUGGAGGGAUAAAAUGUUUUUAGUUUCAGAUUUAAGGUUUUUGUUGUGAUGAGUACCCACCCCUGUGGAUGGCUGCUGCUUCUUUCUGGUUUAUCUAUUUGUUUGUGUUCCAUGGAUUCAAUUUCUUCGUCAACCCUAGCUUUUUCUCCCAAAUUUGGUUGGUUAAAGCUUCGAAGGAGGAUUUCUCAAUCCUUCAGUACGAUUUGGAUCUGUUUGUUCAUGAUUAUUCACCUCCUUCACCGCCUCCGAAUCCUUCGCCACCCAAUCCGCCAUCCGUUUCUUGUGAGAAGGAUCUCAAAGGAAUUGGGUCACUGAGUACUUCUUGUAAGCUUAAUACCAGUUUGCAGCUCGAGGAUGAUGUGUACAUAGAGGGGAAAGGCAGUUUAGAAGUCCUUCCCGGCGUAUCCUUGCGUUGUCCUGUCGCUGGAUGCUCAAUUAUCGUCAACAUUUCUGGAGAUUUUAGUUUGGGCCAGAAUGCGUCUGUUGUGGCAGGGACAGUUUUUUUGCUGGCACGCAACGCGAGUUUGCUUGAUGGUUCCAUUAUCAAUACUACAGGUUUGGGUGGCGCUCCUCCAUCUCAGACUAGUGGCACUCCGCAAGACCUUGGUGGUGCAGGUGGGGGUCAUGGGGGCAGAGGUGCUUCCUGCUUGACUGAUAAGUCAAAGCUUCCGGAUGAUGUAUGGGGUGGUGAUGCGUACUCUUGGUCAUCACUAUCAAAGCCUUGGAGUUAUGGGAGCCAGGGUGGCUCAACUAGCAAGGAGGACAACUAUGGUGGUGGUGGUGGUGGACGGAUUAAGUUGGAUGUUGUGGACCUUCUUGAGUUGAAUGGGACAGUUUUAGCUGACGGAGGUGAUGGUGGUCUCAAGGGUGGAGGAGGUUCUGGUGGCAGCAUCUACAUCAACUCUCGUAAAAUGAUUGGAUAUGGCUGGAUAAGUGCAUCAGGAGGUGACGGUUGGGGUGGAGGUGGUGGUGGUAGAAUUUCUAUUGACGUCUACAGCAGGCAUGAUGACCAAACAAUUUUAGCUCAUGGAGGAAGAAGUUUUGGCUGUCCGCAGAACUCUGGUGCGGCGGGGACUAUUUAUGAUUCCAUUCCCCGAAGCCUCAUUGUCAGUAAUCACAACAGGUCAACAGAUACUGAUACACUUCUUUUAGAGUUUCCAAAUCAGCCACUUUGGACAAAUGUUUUUGUGCGAAAUCAUGCAAAGGCUGCUGUUCCUUUGCUUUGGAGUCGUGUUCAGGUUCAAGGACAACUUAGUUUAUUGUGUGGUGGAAUUUUGACCUUUGGACUCACUCAUUAUCCAUCAUCAGAGUUUGAGCUUAUGGCAGAAGAGCUCCUUAUGAGUGAUUCAACACUUAGGGUUUAUGGGGCACUGCGUAUGACUGUAAAAAUGCUUUUGAUGUGGAAUUCCAAAAUGCUCAUAGAUGGUGGUGGGGAUGCAAUGCUUGCAACUUCCAUGCUUGAGGCUAGCAAUUUAGUUGUUCUCAAGGAAUCGUCUGUCAUACAUUCUAAUGCAAAUUUGGGAGUUCAUGGGCAAGGCUUGCUGAAUUUAUCUGGACCAGGAGAUCAAAUUGAAGCUCAACGUCUCAUCCUAUCACUAUUUUAUGAGAUUCAUGUUGGGCAUGGAUCUGUUUUGCAGGGUCCCUUGGAGAAUGCAACUACUAAUGAUGUGACACCAAAACUUUACUGUGAAUCCGAAGAUUGCCCUAUGGAACUUCUUCAUCCGCCUGAGGAUUGCAAUGUGAAUUCUUCUCUAGCCUUCACUCUUCAGAUUUGCCGAGUGGAAGAUAUUACUGUUGAAGGCACCAUAAAAGGAUCUAUUGUUCAUUUCCAUAGGUUAAGAACUGUUGUUGUCCAGUCUUCUGGAAUAAUAAGUGCAUCUGGGCUAGGCUGCACAGGUGGUGUCGGUAGAGGUAAAGUUUAUAGCAAUGGUAUUGCCAGUGGUGGUGGGCAUGGUGGUAAAGGUGGCAAUGGAUAUUAUGAAGGAAGUUUUAUUGAGGGUGGUGGUGCAUAUGGAAAUGCUGAUUUGCCUUGUGAACUGGGUAGUGGGAGUGGAAAUGAUAGCUUAGGUGGUUCAACGGCUGGUGGUGGUAUCAUAGUGAUGGGUUCGUUGGAGCAUUCAUUGUCAAGUUUAUCAGUUUAUGGUUCAAUUAGAGCAGAUGGAAAAAGUUUUGGACAGAAUAUUGGAAUGCAAGAUGAUAGGGUCAGAUUUUCUUCAGAUGGAGGCCCUGGGGGUGGAUCUGGUGGAACUAUUCUUUUGUUUUUGCGUACACUGACGCUUAGUGAUACUGCUGUUCUUUCAAGUGCUGGAGGACAUACUAUGUACAAUGGCAGUGGUGGAGGUGGUGGUGGGAGGGUUCAUUUUCAUUGGUCUGAUAUUCCCACAGGUGAUGAGUAUCUGCCUCUAUCAAGUGUUGAAGGAAGCAUAAAUACAGGGGGUGGAUUAGGAAGGGAUCGAGGCCAAUCUGGAGAGAGCGGAACUAUUAGUGGAAAAGCUUGCCCAAAAGGCCUUUAUGGGGUGUUCUGCGAGGAAUGCCCAGCUGGCACUUUUAAGAAUAUAAGUGGAUCUGACAGAGCUCUUUGUCAUAAAUGCCCACCUUAUGAGCUUCCACAUCGUGCUGUCUACGUAAAUGUUCGAGGUGGUGUUGCUGAAACUCCUUGUCCAUAUAGAUGCAUUUCUGAAAGAUAUCACAUGCCGCACUGUUACACAGCUCUUGAAGAGUUGAUUUAUACUUUUGGCGGGCCUUGGUUAUUUGGUCUUCUUCUCUUGGGUCUCCUCAUCCUGUUAGCCCUAGUGCUUAGUGUUGCUAGGAUGAAAUUUGUUGGCACUGAUGAAUUACCAGGUCCUGCUCCAACUCAACAGGGAUCCCAAAUAGAUCACUCCUUCCCUUUCCUGGAGUCAUUGAAUGAGGUUCUGGAGACUAAUAGAGCUGAGGAGUCCCAGAGUCAUGUUCACAGAAUGUACUUUAUGGGGCCUAACACUUUCGGUGAACCUUGGCAUCUUCCUCACACUCCUCCAGAACAAGUGACAGAGAUUGUAUAUGAAGAUGCAUUCAACAGAUUUGUUGAUGAUAUCAAUGCUUUAGCAGCUUACCAAUGGUGGGAGGGAUCUGUCGACAGCAUACUCUCUCUUCUGGGAUAUCCCCUUGCAUGGUCAUGGCAGCAGUGGCGCCGGAGGAAGAAAUUACAACGAUUGCGUGAAUAUGUUCGAUCAGAAUAUGAUCAUGCCUGUUUACGAUCAUGCCGUUCACGUGCUCUUUAUGAAGGGCUAAAGGUAGCUGCAACUUCUGAUUUGAUGCUAGCUUAUGUAGACUUUUUUCUUGGUGGUGAUGAAAAGAGAACUGAUCUUCCUCCUCGUCUUCAUCAAAGAUUUCCCAUGGCUUUGUUAUUUGGGGGUGAUGGAAGUUACAUGGCUCCUUUCUCACUUCACAGUGAUAAUGUUCUCACUAGCCUUAUGAGUCAGUCUGUCCCACCUACCAUUUGGUAUCGACUGGUGGCUGGUCUCAAUGCACAGUUACGCUUAGUUCGUCGUGGUCACUUGAAAGUGGCAUUUCAACCUGUCAUCAGCUGGCUUGAAACACAUGCUAAUCCUGCUUUGAGCAUCCAUGGUGUGCGUGUCGAUCUAGCCUGGUUUCAGGGUACAUCUUGUGGCUAUCGCCAAUUUGGACUCAUAGUAUAUGCUGUUGAAGAAGAAUGUGAGCGUGCAUCUGUUGAAUGCGUAGAUGGAGUUAGAACAGAGCAACAAUCAUGUGCAUAUAGUAUUCACAGAUAUAUUGGGCGUGACCAAAUAAGAAACACCGAGAAUAUUAUGGUGAAAAGAAAGAUAUGUGGUGGGAUUUUGAAUGCUUACACUCUACGAAUGUUUGAAGAGAAGAAAGAUUUAUAUUAUCCCUUCUCAUUUAUAGUGCGUAAUACUAAGCCUGUGGGCCAUCAGGAUCUUGUUGGUUUAGUUAUUUCAAUACUACUUUUAGGAGAUAUUAGCUUAGUGUUGCUUAUGCUGCUCCAGUUGUAUUCUAUUUCAUUGGUGGAUUUCUUUCUGGUUUUGUUCAUUCUCCCUCUUGGGAUACUCUGCCCAUUCCCUGCUGGAAUCAAUGCUCUGUUUAGCCAUGGGCCUAGGAGGUCAGCAGGUCUUUCGCGUGUAUAUGCUUUGUGGAACAUAACAUCCUUGAUUAAUGUUGUUGUUGCCUUCAUUUGUGGAUUUGGUCAUUAUAAAACUCAAUCGUCAGGUAGAAGACAUUCAUACUUUCAGCCCUGGAAUUUUAGCAUGGAUGAAAGUGGAUGGUGGAUGUUUCCUACGGUACUGGUGCUGUGUAAAUGUGUCCAGGCACGACUCAUCAAUUGGCAUGUCGCUAAUCUAGAGAUUCAGGACCGCUCACUGUAUAGUAAUGACCCAAACAUUUUCUGGCAGUCAUGAUCAUCAUACUCGUUAACCAGGUAUUUUUGGAUUAAGUCCAGUUUUUUUUGGCAGAGAGGGGUGAGUGCUUGGGCAAAGAGAGAGAGAGAGAGUGAGUGAGGCUCACAUUCAUGUAUCCGUUGUGAAUCAUGUGCAGUCUGACAGUUUUUGUAUUAAUGUAAAUAUAAAGUAGGCCUGCCCAUUCUUCACAGGAUUUUGUUGCCCUUAAUAUUCUCACAUGUCUAACAUUUUACAGACAUAUGGUUUUUAUUUUAUAUAUAUAUAUAGUUUUAAUUUAA